CUAAAUCAGGCUGGCGACAUCAGAUUGCGACGCGGCGUGCGGGGCGCGUCAAUAAACUAGCCGCGGGCCCGACGCGGCGCCCACGACCCAGCAGCCCGAAGCAUUUCCUGGAAGUGGCGUAAAUUGUCCACCAUGAAGGCCUCCAAAAACAACAGAGUCACGCCAGAAAGUACAAUUUGCUCAUCAGCAACUUCAGUCCCAGUUUGCGAGCACAGUUUGGCGACACCAUCGAAGGCGACAACUCCGCUCUUCCAGCGGGCCCUCGCGGCCAUGAGGCUUCGCCUCAGCGGCUCCUCUCGCGUUGAGGAGCCCGUGGAGCCGUUCGUCGGCAAUGACGCCAGCGCCUGCUCCUCGCCCACCAAGCACCUUGUGCUCCAGCGCCAGCAUAACAGCUUGCCGGUGGACCGAACGCAGCCGCAGCAGGCGCCCGCGCUCCGCCGCGCCAUCAGCGCCCAGAGCAACGGCGCACCCGUCCCUCCCGCAGCAAAGAAGGUGGUGUUUGGCGCCGCGACCGUCGCGGCCGGCGCCGUCCAAAAGGCCGCAGCCGCCGUAGCCGCCGCAGCCGCCGCAGCCGCGGCCCAAACCGCGGCGGCGCCGUCCUCGCCGACCGCCGCCGUGCCGCUACGCGGCAUCCUGACCAACGCCGGCGAGGCCUCCCCAGCCGUGGCCCACACCUCCUUGCAGCAGCAGCAUCAACAGCACCACCACCACCAACAACAACAACAACACCAACACCAACAGCAGCACCAACACCAGCAGCAGCAGCAGCAGGGUCCCGGCACCGGCGGCUCGGGCCUGCUGGCGGCGCUGCAGUCCUUCUCCGCGGUGGCGGGCGACACGGUGGAGGCCCUGCGCGACGUGCGUGAGCAGCAUGAGGAGCUGCUGCAGCAGCAGCGCGAGAGCUUCCAGCGCAUGCUGGUGGGCAUGCGGCAGCGCCGGGCAGCAGCCGCCGCGGGAGCGGCAGCGGCAGCGGCAGCGGCGCCACCGAAGGCGGCGCCCGAGGCGCCCGUCCCGGGCCCCAUCAUCACGGUGGCCUCCAGCCCGUCGCCGGCUACGCCGGCGGCGGCGCGUGCCGCGCCGGCGGCGCCACAGGCGCCUCCGGCGCCCGCGCCGGCGCCUGCGUCGCUGACGCGGUCGCCGCCGCCUCCCCCUGCGGCGCUGCGGCUCAGCAUCGCCUCGCCCGCCGGCGCGGCGCCCCGCGUGGCCCCCGCGGCCGGGUGCCACGCCGCCGCCGCGGCGGCUCUGCGCUCCUCCGCGUCCUCGGCUUUGACCAGCCCCACCGCCUCCUCAGCCUCGUGCACCCCUGGCGGCGCCUCCGCCGCCGCCUCGGCACCCACCACCGCCGCCGCCUCGGCGGCUUCCACCGCCGCCACCACGCCCUGCGCCUCCUCCUCCUCCUCCGCCGCCGCCGCUGCGGGGGCGGCGCUGUCGAUGCGGCCCUCGCUGCCGCCGCCCACGGACCCGCACUGCAUCACUGAGUCGUACCGGGGCGUGCUCGUGACCAUGCCCAUUGGCUGCCGCAUGGAGGGCGCGGGGGACCGCCUGGUGGUGGAGGGGCCGCGUGUGUACGUGGAGCUCGUGUUCCGCGAUUCCGGAUCCGGAUCUGGAUUCGACGGGCGCGGAUCUGGUGGCUCGAUCCAGAACCAGCAGCAGCAGCAGCCGCAUCAGCAGCACCCCGUGCUGCUGACCAGCAACUGCGUGGCGACGGUGAAGCGGGUGGAUGGGCGCAGCGUGGUGACGGUGCUGCCGCCGCUGCUGCCACGCAGCAAGUCCACGUGUGUGGCUUGAAGCGGAAGCGGCGGAGACAAGGCACAUGGUUUGGGGCGGGCGGCGUACAUAGAUGCUUUGAUGCGGUAAACUGAUGGUAUGGUCCCCUUCGCGGCUUCUUCUUUCGGAAGCUCUCGAGCUGGUGGUUGUGAAGAAGCUGAUAUGGGCGCGAUUGCAGUGACUGGCACGUGCUAACUUCCUUUAAUUGGAGUGUCGAGUGGUCGUCUUGAAACAUGUAUGAACCUUCAACAAGUGGGAAACGAUGCAGUACUGGGCGAGCACAUCGCCUUGCGUUCGCUGCGGCAAGUCCUAGGACUGAGUGCCAUUGAUGCCAUGGGCGCUUCUUGUUUUGAGGUGUUACAACUCGCCGAACUAACCAGAACGAAGUGGCCACACAGGUAUCAGACCAGAUUUACAGAACGUAUACAUAUGGCAGUACCGUAUUGCAGUCAGGGGUAUAGAGAGACACUGGGAGCAGGCGGCGGUGUUGGCAGGGUGCCAGCGGCACAAGAACGGUCUGGCAGCGUGUGUGGUUUCGCCGGCUCUGCUCUAGCUCUUGGGCUUGAGUGCAUAUCAGUGAUCGUGCAUUGUUUUAAUGACAACCGAUGUAGCUCAAGAGGGCGAGUAGUACGUGCAUAAGCAACAUAGUGCAUGUGGGAAGAAGCCCUUGCCAAAAUGGCAGCACUGUGCAGCAAGCCCCAGGAUCACCUCCUUCGUUCGUUUAGGACCUUCUUUCUUUCUAUCAUCCGUGUUUCUUUCCUUCACGAUAACGGCCCAUGCUGUAGCAAACCUUGAGACAAAUUCUUGUUGCUUGCGGCAAUGCGGCCGCCUCGGUAUGAAUGUGUGAUGUUGGGGCGGCCAGCGUCUGGCACGCACAGGCACGCACAGCCAUUCCAGACACGGGAACGGCUCUCCUUGAUAGCUUCAGGCGUUGCUCAAAUGUAACGCGCCUUGACACCUUUGCUACCAUCCCUCUUUUGCGUUCAGCAUUACACUGAAGGGAGUCUACCGGGCGUGACGGCGUAAGCACGGGCAUAGCCGCAUUACCGCAUAGGGCCGCGGCCUCUUGCAAGGCCGGAUGGGUGCUAUGACGCCCUCCGAUCUUAAAUGAUGAGGCCCUUCGCUGUCGGGGCCCGGUCCUGCAGCUACAGCCGUGUAAAACAGCAAAGUA